AUGUUUUUAAUAGGGUUUUCCAGUUCCUCUGCAUCCGCACUUAAGAUGACACAACCCACUACACCGGAGUUCAGAAACUGGAUUUGUUUCGCCCAUGGCUUGAUGGACGUUUUUUGCGAUGGUCUGCGCCCAUUUGUGGCUAAAGAGACGGUGAAGUUUUAUAAUAAUGUAUCGGUAGUAGCCGGAGCUGGACCCCCAUGCACCUGCACUUUCGUCCGAAGGAGGAGACCAAACGAGCAUCAUGACACGAGCACCUGUGCCUGGGCUAAUAUCCUCCAAGGCCAUCACCAUAGGAAAGAACCAAACUGGAAACAAAGUGAUUCCACCAAGUGGACGGAUCCAAUCCAGGGGCCUUGGGAGAUGGUCAAACUUUUCAUCCCUAAUGUGGGAGGUCGCGUGAUAACGAGUGCAGAGGAUAUGGACGUCACGGGGAUCUUGAACCUAAUGUACUGGUGUGAUCACUUUCUUCCCAUUUCUCAAGCCUUGAUUAAAGAUCUCCGUGAUGUUCGAAACCUUACGCUUGGGCACGCAACCAAGCUAGAGUUAACCGAUGUUGAAAAGGCCACCGCCUUUGGUGCAAUGGAGGCACUGCUUCAGGAUCCUAAGUUAGCCCAUGAUCGGGACGUCCAGAAAGCCCUACAUGAGAUCCAGAUACUAAAAACUGAGACCGAUGUAGACAAUUUUCUAGCACAAACUCUCCUACAGUUUAAAGAAAUGAUUGAAAAAGAUAGCUUACAACUGAAAAUUGAUUCUACACAAAACCGGGAAGAUCUACAACAAUUGGAGGAACGGUUAAAAACCGUUGAAGAGAAGUUAGAAAAUACAGAAGACACUACUAAGACCAAAGACAAUUUCUUUACGAACCAUGUCAAGAAUGGCGCUAUGUUUUUCUGCGGCACUCUUAUCAGGUGUACUCGAGUAAUGACGAAGCGGUUGCUUACUCCAUGGUUGAUGAUCAUUUUGCUGUGUCAUUUGAGUGUCACCCUUCUUGAUCCCAGAUCGUACGAAGACGGUAAGCAAUAAGGAUAUAGUUAUUCACCUAACUAAAAGUUAAGGAGAUGGCGUUUGUACCGUCAGGCGAAUUUGUUCAGGUUACAUUCCACAGGUCAGAAUACAGGUUACCGUGCUACAAAUAAAUAAAAAGGACCAGAAGUAUCCAAGCCCUGAUCCCUAUCCAAAAGGUUGUUUUUCGAGGGGAAGUAGACUGACUACACUGACUACACUGAAUACAAAAACUACACUGACUACAAUGACUACACUAACUACACGGACUACACUGACUGGCACCAGCAACUACACUGACAACGAUAACUUCACUGACUACACUAACUACAUCGAUACAUCGACUAUACUGACUACAGUUACUACAAUAACUACACUGACUACACUGAUUACACUAACUACACUCCUUACAUUGACUACACUGACUACACCAGCUACAGUAAACCUUAACCUACAUACAAACUUACUUGUUUUUGAAUUGUGUAUAUUCGUAUUUAUUACUUUCUCGUCGUGUUUGAAGGAUGUCCAGCAGAAGAUUCUAAUGUGCCAUUCGAAACCAAAGAGUUCAACAUGUCAGAAUACCUGGAUGCUGCACGAGCUGAGGACUUUAUCGGUCGUCAGUGGCUGUAUAGAGAGGUGGAAGAUGCAUUUGAGGAAGAAAACAUUGCUGGGGUGCAGAUAAUAGGAAGUCCUGGUUCCGGUAAAUCCGCUCUUGCCUCCCAGCUAAUAUGUUCGCGGACCUCCAGCUCAUUUAUCUAUACUCGUAUUUUAGGAUACCACUUUUGUAAAUAUUCUGACAAAAACACACAAAUGGCAGGAAAGUUCGUUCGAAAUUUAGCGGAGAUGAUAGGCCGCAGGCUGCCAGAAUACGGUUACAUCGUUACCAACCAUACUUACAUUCAGCGCUCACUUACGGAAGACUGCAUCCAUUAUCCUGUAGGUUGUUUCGAACUUGCUGUUUUGUCUCCUUUGAGGAACCUAAAGAAUAAACCGAGAGAAAAUUGGUUUGUGGUUGUAGAUGCCUUGGAUGAAUGUCUUAUACAAGGUGAAACAGGCCACAGCAUUGUCUAUCUGCUGAACAACAAAAUUCACCGGUUUCCGCCAUGGUUAAAGGUCGUUAUGACUUCGCGAAAUGAAUCUGAUGCUUCUCUGCAUUCAAGUAAAGUGAAGAAGAUAACUAUUGACCCUGAAGACUCGAGAAACCUUAAAGAUCUCGAGAUCUACGUGACGAUACGUGACGAAAAGAGAUGAUAGAGUGAAACUUAUCGCGAAAUUGGCAAGAGAUGUACUGAAUAUAAGUCAAGGAAAUUUUCUUUUCGUCAAGGAGUUGCUUGACUAUUGGGAACUUUCAAGACCCAACUUAAGUAACGCUUUUGUCUUGCCCAAGACUCUGGGAGAUCUGUACCAAAGUUACUUCGAGAGGCUAUUUCCGAGAAAAGGGAGCUUCAAGUAUGCCCGGCAUGUUUUUGAGCUGCUAGUCUCGACAUUUGAUCCACUGACACAAAAACAGAUCCUUGAAUUACUUAAAACGAGAGAGAGUAACCUAGAUGAAGAAUACGAUUUCAAGAAUAGAUUAAAAGAGCUUGGUCACUUUCUGAAAUACGGAAAGGACAAUACAGUAACACUGUAUCACUUGUCGCUAACUGAGUGGCUGACCAGUGAAGAGAACGAGAAAUAUUUUGUGAGUAAAAAGAAAGGACACAAAACAUUCUGCGAUUUCUAUUUGAAUCUGAUUAGAAAAGGGAAAAAAAGCAAGCUGUCGAAAUACAUUCUCAAGUUAGCGCAACAUAUUGCCUUAGGUGGUCGGAAAGAGGCUUAUGUGCAAGAAUUUCUCAGUCUUCCUUCACAGAUAGUCAAUUCAUCAGAUCCCCAAAGCAAAGGAACUCUACUUCAUCUUGCAGCGACAAUGGACAACAGAGAUGCAUUAGAGCUUCUCUUGACGCAUUUUACUUGCAUUGAUUGUGUUGAUAACCGUGGAAUUACACCUGCUUUUCUGGCUGCAGAACACGGACUCGUAGACAAUGUUGCUUUGUUGAUCGGCAAGGGAGCCAAAGUUAACCGAAAAACAAAGGGGAUGGUUGCAUUCUAUAAAGCCAAGAUACUUAGAGACUUAACCACCCUAAAAGAAGCCAACAAUGAUUCAUAUUUGUCAGUGAGGUAUCAAAGAAUAGACAUGCCUGUCUACCAAACCAAGUCGAAAUUCUUUGGCGCCUCAAUGCUUCACGCUGCUGCCAAAGGAGGGCAUGAAAGAGUUGUUCGUUUCCUUAUUGAGAAAAAUGCUCGCAUUUCUAUCUUGAAUGGUGUGCAUCUGACUGCCAUGCAAACAGCGGCUGAAAAUGGACAUCUUAAUGUUGUCAAAACGCUGUAUGAGGCAGGUGCAGUUGCUAAUCAAACAGCACUCCAUCAUGCUGCUGCAAAUAACAGAAUGGAUGUAGUUAAUUUCCUGUUGGAAAUUAGUGUCAAAGAUGAAUGUCUGAGAUGUGACGGCUUUUUUUACUGGUUGAACUCAAAAGAGCGGUUCCCAAGCACUACAAUCGUUCUUAGGCCUCCUUUCAAGGAUAAUUGUUCCCAUAUAUGGAUUAUGGAUAAUAAUGUUACCAAGAUUUGCAUUGAUUAUGAGAAAAAAUGGCCAGAUGAAACAAAGAAAUUGUACGACGACAGUCAUUUAAUUUUCUGCCAUUCUGCACUUCAUGCAGCAGUUCUUUCAGGCCACGACAAGGUUGUUACUCGUCUUCUUUCUGAAAAACAUAAUGCUCUGAAUUGUUAUGACUAUACGGGGAGAACUCCACUUCAUGAAGCCGUUCGAAAAAAUGACUCAAUAAUUGUCAAUAUUUUGCUAGAUAAACAUCCUCAGAUGGUAAAAUACAAGUGUAAACAGUGGCAAGAAGUCAACCAGACGCUGCUUAGUUUUGAGGAAUUAGCUGAAUACAAUGCAGACGUCUGUCAUUGUGGUUAUACUCCUCUCCACCUUGCAGCACUGUAUGGCCACCUGGAAGCGGCAAUAUUGCUCAUCAGAAAAGGUGCUCAGCUUGACGACCGGGACUGUACUGGAGCAACUCCGAUUCAUGUGGCUGCUUGUCCUAAUCGUGCCAACUUAAUCGGGGGAAACAUCAAUGUCAAAACAUCAAAUGGAUCUACCCCUCUUCAUAGCGCUGCAGCUUGUGGAGUGGUCGGGAUAAUUGAUUAUUUGCUUUACAAAAAGGCAAGCCUUACAGCAGUUGAUAAUUAUAACCUGAAAGCGCCACACUACUCAAUUCAUAACUUCACAUUUACAAGUUUUGUUGACCUAAUGGCUCCCAGAAAAGGUCAUUUGCCUAGAUUUUUUGUUUAUGAUAAUCAGUAUACGAGUGUAGAUGAUUUACAUUGGUUAGAUACCCUUGUUAAGUUAUUGCAUGGGGGUUCCAACAUUGAUGUCGUUGAUGUUGACGGUCAGACGCCACUGCACAUUGCAGCACACUAUGGUUUAGCUGAUGCUGUAAACGUCCUUCUCCAAAUGAAUGCGUCCAUGGAAAUGAAGGACAAAAAUGGCAAGACACCACUGGAGGUCGCCUUUGAGAAUGCACCAGUCGAAUCAGAACAAUUCCCUUCUUUUCGGGCAACUAAGAUGGAAGACUUGCGCGAACUUUUACAUGGUCACGUAAUGGUCAUUUUUCUCCUCCUAUCUCAUGGUGCCUCGAGUGGGAAGUGCACAAGUUCAAGGGGAAGCAUGCUUCACACCGCAAUCGUAAAGAAACAGUUUCACAUUGCCCAGCUUUUGCUUCUAAAGGGCGCCAAUUUAACUUGUGAAGACAGUCUUGGACGAACACCCCUUAUUACGUGCCUUCACAACAGCGGCGAAUUUUCAGGUAUACUUUUCAGCGACAAAAUUACUGAGCCUGUUGCCAUUGAGUGCGGAAAGCCUUUCAAUUAUUCCUUGCUUCAUCUAUUAAGUUAUAGCCGUCCAUUUUCUGAAGACGAAGGCUUUUUCUACUUACAGAAGUGCAGUGAAUCCACUGACCCACUGUGUACAGUUAAAAAGGGUCCCCUUGCUGUAGCUGUUGAAAGUCACCUUGAAAAAGAACGAAUAAUUAACUCCUGUUUUGACGCUGAGGGAUUUACCGCGCUGCAUAGAGCAGCACAAGGAGCCAAUCUAGCGGCAAUUCGCUAUCUCCUUGCAAUUGGUGUAAAUGACUCUACUUUGAGUCCAUAUGGACACGACGCUCUGACACUGGCUGUUCUUCAUGCAGGGAGAAAACGAUUGUGGGAGCGCAAUAAACUUGUUUGGGUGGAUGCAGAUUUUCAUCAUCGGCUAAAGGCCGAGGAAGCGGCUAUUGAGCUUCUGCGCCACGCGGUAAAAAGUCGUGGAUACAAGAUACGAUGCGACUCCAGCAAAGCAGAGCUGACUUUAUAUCAUUUAGCAGCUUCUCGUGGUCUACUGAAGUUUAUUGAGGUGAUAUUCAGCGAACGUGAUUUGCACCAGCUAGAUGUGGACUGUGCUAAUACAGAUGGGAUAACACCAAUGUAUCUAGCAAAGCUCUUUAAACAGAAUGAAGAGCUUGAAGGGCAAGGAAUUCCUUGGGAACAAGUCAUUCAGAUAAUCAAACGACACGGGGGCAAGAUGCGAUAUCCUAAAAAGAUGGCUGAAUAC